AUGUCUGACAUGAAGGCUUCCGUCGUUGAGACGCAGAACGGGUUUCACGUCGAGGGAUACGAGAAAAUCGAAUACGACUUUACGUUCCUCGAUGGCGUUUUCAACCCGCAAAACAAGCAGCUUGCCGAUUGCUACGAGCGCUGGGGCCGCGCUCUUGCGGUCAUGGACCUGAACAUCUACAACCUUUACGGUGAACAGAUGCAGAAGUACUUCGACCACCACAAGCUGGAGUUGAAGAUCCAUAAGACUAUGAUCGGAGAGAAGGCCAAGUCCAUGGACACCUUACUGAGCAUUGUCGAUUCCAUGACCGACUUUGGCAUCAUUCGCAAGGAGCCGGUCUUGGUAGUGGGAGGAGGACUUGUUACCGACGUUGCUGGAUUUGCUUGCGCAGCAUACCGAAGGAAUACGAACUUUAUCCGGAUCCCUACAACAGUUAUCGGUCUGAUCGAUGCUAGUGUGAGCAUCAAGGUCGCCGUCAACUACGGCAACUACAAGAAUCGUCUUGGAGCCUACCACGCGCCUAUGCACACAUUUCUCGACUUCACAUUCCUGCGAUCUUUGCCUGAGGCGCAGGUACGGAACGGUUUCGCAGAGUUGAUCAAGAUCUCUAGCUGUGCUCACUUGAGAACCUUUGAUCUUCUCGACCAAUACUGCGAGCGAUUGAUCUCGACCAAGUUUGGUCGUACCGACGAUGAGUCCGGCGAGGUUCGCAAGGCAGCGGACGAGAUUAACCGCUCUGGCAUUUACGAGAUGCUGAAGCUCGAGACUCCCAACCUCCACGAGAUUGGUCUUGACCGUGUCAUUGCCUACGGUCACACUUGGAGCCCACUGCACGAGCUCACUCCCGAUGUGCCUCUUCGUCACGGUCAUGCCAUCUCCAUCGAUAUGGCAUACUCCGCGACAUUGGCCAACGGCCGCAAGCUGAUGAGCGAUGCGGAGCAUCACCGAAUCCUCAACUUGUUCUCGCGCGCUGGUCUGUCUAUGGAUCAUGAGCUCUUCAAUGAAGAGAUCCUUGCGAAGGCUACAGCAGCCAUCUUGAAGACUCGCGACGGUAAGUUGCGAGCAGCAGUGCCGAACCCUCUUGGAAGCUGUGUCUUCUUGAACGACGUUACUGCGGAUGAAAUGAAUGCCGCGCUACGACGCCACAAGAAGAUCAUGAAGGGAUACCCUCGCAACGGUGCUGGUCUCGACGCCUUUGUGGAUGCGAGCGACACCGGUUACACCGUCAACGAUAUGCCCAUCGAGGCGACGAUCAAUGGCAAGCCGAACGGUACGAAGUCCAACGGCAUUGCGCAGAAGGUAGCGAACGGUCUACCGAACGGGCUCAAGGAGGUGUUGGCGAGUGGCUAUGAGAACGGCUAUAAGAAUUGA